CUGAUGGCAGGAAUGAUUCCAGGGUGAGACGCUCGUGCAUCGCUGGUGUACCGUGCAUUCAUUAUCAUUCGCAGAUAUGGCGACGGUCGAGAAUUUGUUAAGUCAUGUAUCGAAAGUUCGAAUACCGACAAAUGGAGAUAGAAUAUAUAAAGACGAAUGCGUUUACUCUUUUGAUACGCCGGAAUCUGAUACUGGUUUAUAUGUGUGUCUAAAUACUUUUCUUGGUCUUGGUCUUAAACAUAUCGAAAGGCAUUAUCAUAGGACUGGAAGUGCUAUCUAUUUACAUAUUAAAAGGAUAAAAAGAGAAAUUACACCACAAAAGAAUGACUCAGAAAACAAAAAACCUACAAAACUUGCAAUUGGUAUUGAAGGAGGAUUUGAUUUGAAUGAGAAAAAAUAUGAAUUUGAAGAAUUCUAUUCUGUUGUAGUUCUUCCUGAUUUUGUACAAAUUCCUUUUCCUUGUGAAGAUCUUCCAGAACAAGUGCAAUUGUCUAUAAAUACUAUAUUAGCAAGUGACUCUGCUGCUAAAAUUGAAGAAGCUCAGGCACUCUCAGGAACUUGGGAUGGAGAGAAAAGAAAAAUUUCAAAACAUGCAAAUUCAUUGAUGCAAUUAGACAAUGGAGUUAAAAUUCCUCCAAAAGGUUGGAAAUGUCAGCUGUGUGAUAAAACUGAUAAUCUUUGGCUCAACUUGACAGAUGGAAGUAUAAUGUGUGGUAGAAAAUAUCAAGAUGGCACAGGAGGGAAUAAUCAUGCUGUUGAACAUUAUGAAAAAACUCGAUAUCCAUUAGUAGUUAAACUAGGCACAAUUACUGCAGCUGGUGGAGAUGUUUAUUCUUAUGAUGAAGAUGAUAUGGUGGAAGAUCCUAAUCUUGCCAGACAUCUUGCUCAUUUUGGUAUCAAUAUUGCCCAAAUGGAAAAGACAGAUAAAUCAAUGAUUGAAUUAGAAAUUGAUCUUAAUCAACGCAUCCGUGAAUGGAAUAUUAUACAAGAAAGUGGCAGUGAAUUAACACCAUUGUAUGGACCAGGAUACACAGGACUAGCUAACUUAGGAAAUUCAUGUUAUCUUAAUUCUGUGAUGCAGAUGGUGUUUUGUAUUCCUGAUUUUUGUAGAAAAUAUUAUGAUGGUGCACCUGCAAUUUUUCAGAAUGCACCUUUAGAUCCAUCAAAUGAUUUUACCAGCCAAAUGGCUAAACUUGCACAUGGAUUAUUAUCAGGUGAAUAUUCAAAACCACCACCAGAAGAUUCAAACGAAAAUAAGAGUCAAAUAGAAAUUAGGCCUCAAAUGUUUAAAAAUCUUAUUGGUAAAGGUCAUCCAGAAUUUUCUACAAAAAGACAGCAAGAUGCCCAAGAAUUCUUUUUGCAUUUAAUUAAUAUUUUAGAGCGGAAUAAUCGUAAUCAAGAGAAUCCAGCUGACUGUUUUAAAUAUCAAUUUGAAGAACGAAUACAGUGUCUACAAUCUGGAAAAGUAAAAUAUACUACAAGGACAGAAUAUUUAUUAUCUCUUCCUAUACCAAUGAAUGCUGCUUUGAAUAAGGAGAAACUAGAAGAAUAUCAGUUAAAAAAACUUGAAAAAGAAGCAAAAGGAGAAAAAAUAGAUUCAAGUGAAAUUGUUCGGCCAUUUAUUCCUUUGACUGCCUGUAUAGAAACCUUUGCUGCUUCAGAAAUGGUUGAUGAUUUUUAUAGUUCAGCUAUAAAUAGUAAAUCCACAGCACAAAAAACAACUCGAUUUCGUACAUUCCCAGAUUAUUUAUUAGUACAACUGAAAAAAUUUACUAUUGGUGAAGAUUGGAUUCCUCUUAAAUUAGGUUACUGUGAACCAAUGCAAUUUUUUGCAUUAUGGACAGAUGUAUAUGUAAUGAAUAACAACAACGGAAGAGAAAUACACCAAUCAUGGAGAAGAAUGAUAGCCACAAACAGGAAAGUGACGUAUAAAGAGAAUGAAAGAGACUGGCAAAGACAAAGUGAAAGUGAAGAAAGACAAAAAGAAAUGAAUGUUUUAAAAUUAAUAUUGAUUGUAAUUGGAAUGAAUUAUUGGAGGAUAGACGGAAUAGAAAGAAAGAACAUUAAAAUAAAUUUGUUUGUCAAAUACCUGCUGAAGAGGGACGUACAAGUCCGAAACGCAAAUUGUAUGUGUCCAGAAAUUCAGUUAGAUCCAAAUACUAUAAUUCAAUUAUCUGAAAUGGGAUUUCCUCUUGAUGCAUGCAAAAGGGCUGUAUAUAAAACUGAUAAUAGUGGUAUGGAUGCAGCUCUUAAUUGGAUUAUGGAACAUAUGAAUGAUCCAGAUUAUGCCUCCCCAUUUGUUCUUCCUACAAAUUUAGAAAAGGAAUCAGAUUUUGUUCCAAAUCCUGAAGCUGUAGCUACAAUAGCAGCAAUGGGUUUUACAGAAGAACAAGCUGUAUGUGCCUUGAAAGCUACAGAAAAUAAUUUGGAGAGAGCUGCAGACUGGAUUUUUAGUCAUGCAGAUGAACUUUCACAAACUCCAAUGGAAACUGAUGACAAUGCAAUGCCAGAUCCUAAAUUUCGAGAUGGUAGUGGAACAUAUAGACUUAUAGGAUUUAUUAGUCAUAUGGGUACUUCGACCAUGGUAGGCCAUUAUGUUUGUCAUCUUUUAAAAGAUGGUCAUUGGGUUAUUUUUAAUGACGAGAAAGUAGCAUUAUCUAAACAUCCUCCAAAAGAAAUGGGAUAUCUAUAUUUAUACGAACGGAUAUGAGCAACUGUGGAAUUUGUAUGCAAAAAUAAAGGAAAUAUUCUUGUUGUGUCAUUGCUUCUGCUUAAUCAUCUGGCAAUAAAUGUGAAUAAUAAUUUAACAUAUUUGGAUUGUUCUAAUUGGACAAAUGUAAAUGCAAUGUAAGAAAUGAAAUUGUAUAACUGUUAAAAUUUUAGUAUUUAUAUUGUUAGACUAUUUUUCAAAACUUUUCUUAAUUUAUAAUGCUGCUCAUAUCAAACAUGUAUAAAAGAAUGGAUUUAUUAAUAGAAUUUCUAAUAAAGAAAUAUAA